GGCUCUGCAGAGUUGGGAUAGGCCAAGGAACAGUGAGGGCAUUAGGACCGAGAGAAAGACACCCACUUUGCUCUGUAUUAUGUCUGGCCAAAGGCUCCCUGACUGAGUGCUGGAGCUCUGUGUGAAAGAAAGUCAGGGGCUGACUCGUUUACAUCUGUUGAUCUGACCUGCCUUGAACCAUCAAAACAGGGAACUGCGGCUGUCAAAGCUGUUUGGGAGAAGGCCCACCCAGCUCACCCCGGGCAUCUAUUAGCAACUUGGCCAGGGCAGGAAAACACAGUGGAAGAAGCAAUUGAGAAAGAUGGACCGAUAAUUUUUAAAAAUUGUUUGCAAGAUAAAGAAAAGGGGCAACCGUGGUGGUGGUGGGAGGUGUGGGUGGGCAGGGAAACCUAAGCUUAGGUCAGCCCCAGGGGGCUUAUGAGCAGUUAACAGAACUACUCUGCAGGGGAGGGAAGGGUUCAAGCGUGUGUCCGAGGAGAGCGGAGUCAUCUGCAGCCGGCAGGUACUCCAGACUGCUGGCAGAUGCUGGAGGGAGGCGUGAGACCACGUUAAGUGACAGGCACGUGUUUGGUGGGAGGGAGCCCCAGGAAGCUGCUCCGCUGGAGGCCGCCUGCCCCGGGGGCCACUUAAGCGAGGGUCCGGCAGACCUCUGGGACAGGACGAACAUGACCUGCUGCACUGGGGGACCUCGUGCACCAUGCUCUUGAGGAGGCGCUCCAGAGCCUGGCCCCGCAGGCUGCAGUUUCUGGUGGUGGUGUUGAUGCUGGGAUGCUUACUGGUGACGGUGACCGUGCUGCACCCGCCCCCUCAGGACCUCUUCGGGGAUCCCUCGGCCCAGGCUGAGAAGCCCAGCCCUCAAGUGGGCUAUCAGGUGGACUUUGGCAAACCCCAGGACUGGGUGCUGGAGACUGAGGAAGAGAGUCAGGAGUACUACCCCCUGGAGGGCCUGGCCCCCUUCAUCUCCCUGAAAGAGGAUGAGCUCCUGAUGGCCGUGGCCUCCCCUAGGGACAGGAGGAACCAGAGCCAGACCAGGAAGAGAGGGGGCUACCGGCUGGUCAAGCGGCCGGGCAGGAGGCUGGAGGAGGGAGCCCUGGACAGACCGGCCUUGCACUGGGGGGCCGAGCUGGAGGGCCUCUCCCUGCCGGACUCUGAGGCAGACGAUGGGCAAGAGCAGCCGGACACGUUUGGAUUGGACACCUAUGGCUUCAACGAAGCCUUAAGCCAGCAGAUCUCCCUGCGCAGGGAGCUGCCUGAGGUCCGCAAUCCUCUGUGCCUGCAGCAGGACUAUGGUGACAAUCUGCCCACAGCCAGCGUCGUCAUCUGCUUCCACGACGAGGCCUGGUCUACCCUGCUCAGAACCGUGCACAGUGUCUUGGACACGACCCCCAGACCCUUCCUCAAGGAGAUCAUCCUUGUCGAUGACCUCAGCCAACAAGGCCACCUCAAGUCUGCGCUGAGUGACCACGUGGCCCAGCUGGACGGGGUGAAACUGCUCCGAAGCAACAAGAGGUUGGGUGCCAUUAAGGGCCGCAUGCUGGGGGCUGCCCGGGCCGCCGGGGACGUGCUGGUCUUCAUGGACUCCCACUGUGAGUGCCAUAAGGGCUGGCUGGAGCCCCUCCUCAGCAGAAUAGCCGGCGACAGGAGCCGCGUGGUGUCUCCUAUCAUUGAUGUGAUAGACUGGAAGAAUUUCCAGUAUUAUCAUUCUGCAGACUUGCAGCGAGGGGUCUUUGACUGGGAAUUAAAUUUCCACUGGAAACCUUUGCCAGAGCGUGAGAGGAAGGCACGCCAGUCUCCCAUCAGCCCCAUCAGGAGCCCUGUGGUGCCGGGGGGAGUGGUGGCAAUCGAUCGGCAUUACUUUCAAAACACUGGAGCGUAUGAUUCCCUCAUGUCCAUUUGGGGGAGUGAAAACCUGGAACUUUCCAUAAGGGUGUGGCUCUGUGGUGGCUCCGUAGAAAUCCUCCCCUGCUCCCGGGUGGGGCAUGUCUACCGCAACCAGCCCCCCAAUGCCUCCCCUGAUCACAAAGCGGCCCUCAGGAACAAGAUCCGAAUUGUGGAGACCUGGCUGGGUUCCUUCAAGGACACCUUCUACCAGCACAGUCCCAAAGCUUUCUCUCUGAGCCAGGCUGAGAAACAGGACUGCAGCGAACGGCUUCAGCUGCAAAAAAGAUUGGGUUGUAGGACCUUCCACUGGUUUCUGUCCAAUCUCUCCCCAGAGUUGUACCCGUCUGAACACAAGCCAGGAUUCUCUGGAAAGCUCUACAAUUCUGGAGUUGGCUCCUGUGCAGACUGUAUACUUGGAGGGGCACUUCUAGGAAGCCUGGUGAUACUCUCUCCCUGCAGUGACAGCUGGCAGCAACAGCACCUGGAGUAUGGCAGCAAGAAGCAAAUCAGCUGUGGAAAGAACCCCACACUCUGCUUUGAUGUGAACCAAGAAGGACAGGUGAUUCUUCAGAACUGCACAGAAGAAACUCACUCCUUCCAGAAGCAGCACUGGGAUGUCCAGGAGAAUGGAAAGAUUGUCCACAUCCUUUCUGGGAAAUGCAUAGAAGCUGUGGAGAGUGACCGUGAGAAAAACUUGUCCUUGCAAUUGUGCAACGGGAAAGCCAACCAGGUAUGGAGGUUUGACCGCAUGCAUGCUGUGGAUCAACGAUGAAUGCCAGAAACACCAUACAGAAGCUUGCCCUCGUGCAAGGCUCCAAGGGCCUCGAAACAGCCCAACACUCGAGUUCUUUGGUAGCUUGGAGCAAGCCACAGCAAGAUGCAGUGAAGAGCUCAGGGUCACAAGACCUAGGUUUACAUCCCAGCUCCAUCAUUUCCUGCCCGUGUGAUGCUGACCACAGUACUUCCUUCUUCAGGCCUCAGUCUCCUCAUCUGUAAAAUGAGAGAGCUGGAGAAUACAACAUCCGAGGUUCCCUCCAGCCCUAAGUCUCCAAUCCUAUAUAGCUAUGAGAUGUCCGGGAAACGUCCAAAAUCUCUAGUUGUUAAUCUGACGUCAGUUUAGCUGCAUAAGAGGAUCAAUGCUCCUCACUACUGUGAGAAAAUGAAUGUAUGGACGGGUACUUCAGCUAUCAGGAUGAAAAGACUGUCCUGCCUUAAAACCACAUUCCUCACCUCUGACACAAGAAAGGAACCUGAACAUCUCUGGCUGUGUCUAUGUCGACUUUAGCUUAAAAAGGCCCAGGUCUCCCACGGCAUCCGGGGUCAUCUCCAGGCAUCCUGAUCUAGAUUUUGCCACUGGACCCAGAUGGCUCCAGAGGAGACAGUGAGGCUGGUGACUCUGCCUAGCCCUGCCUCGCUUAAGUCCAAUUCACCUGCAAUUCAUAACAUCAUCUUUCUGAGGUGACGGUCCUCUGAGAAUGAAGGACAAACAACAACAAUCUUGAAACGAAGUGAAAGAGAAAACAUGUUUCGUACAGUGAAUCCCCUUUCCGGCCAAAUAUGGCUACCUGUGUGACCCUGAGUAAAUCUCCCUUUACCUCUUUUGGCCUCAGAUUAUCAGAAAAUGAGGGGGCUGAACUUAGAGACUGCUGCGGUCCCUCCUAGCUCGAAGAUUGCGAACUUAGGAUACGCUGCCCAAGUCCUUGGGAAGAAACAAUCAAAGGUUCGUGUUGAGAGGCAAGAGCAGCUGUGGAAUGGGCGUGAGAGGGGGUAGGCAGGAGUCAGCAAAGCUUCAAAGUGAGUAUCUGGCUUAGCUGAGUAAUCAAACCUCCAGGGAAUCAUGAGAUGGAUCUAGGACGAUGUUGUUUCAAACCGGCGAACCCUCCUUUCAUAAAAAUGAUGAUAACUGGUACAUUUCUAGCGCUUUCCCAUUCACCGUCUCCCAGCAUGCUCACUACACCUUGUGAAGCAGGCAGCAAAGAUACUGGUAUCCUCUCUGUACGGGCAGGGACUACUAAUCAAAGUCCCAUGGUGAGUGGGUGGCAGAAAACCAACAUCUUUGACUCCUGGUCCAAUGUCGUCUCUACCAAUCUCUGCGGCCCCUUCGGGCUGUCUGUCUCCUCUCUCUUCCCCUGUGCCUAGGUUUCCAUCUCUCUGCCCUGCCCUGGCCCAUGUGAAUGAACCAAAUGUCAUUUGUUAUUCCACUUUUAACCCUUCUGACUGAAGGGAAAAAGCAGGGGUGGGCAGCCAAGGCAAACCGUGAAACAACACUGUUUCUAAUACUGUUAUACAUACAGCUCUGCAGAUUAUCAAGAGUAAUGAAUCUUCUAUAUAUGCACACAUGCAUGUGUGUAUGUGUGUGUAUUUAUAUAUACAUACAUAUAUACAUAUAUAUGUAUAGUCACAGGACAGCCAAGAUCAGGGUUCAAAUCCUGCUUCCGACACAUACACACGUCACUUAACCCCUCAGGGCCCCAUACAACUCUCUCUCCAAGACUAGUACAUAGACACACACAUCAUGGCACGUCUACGUGUGUAUACCUGGAUACCGGCAGCCACAUGUAGUAGAUAAAAGGCUGGCCUCAAAGGCAGCUAGCAUGUAUUAGCCAUGUGACUCUGGACAAGUUAUUUAACCUGUCAGUGCAUCCAAGAGACACUUCUAUACUUACAAGUGUCUGAAUGGGUGCUGGUCUGCAUUUGUAGAGGGAGUCUUCUCAUCAGGAGUUUCCUAUUUCAAUAAAAUCAUGUCUGAAUCUCCACUCCCCCCCAAAAAGUAUCAUUGGCUACAAAGUUCUAACCCCUAUUCUUUUGGGUACGAUGAAUAUGUAUGUAGAGGAAAGCUGCUGAUGGUCAAGCAAUGAUUCAUUCUCAACAAGAAAGGGAUUCUUGAGGAUUUGGGUUGGAGAGGACUGGUAGAAGCUCUCAAACGAAGGAGCAGGUAGAUGCCCUCGAUAUGGGCAGGAGGGUGGCCAUAUUGAGCAUGGGGUCUUGGGAACCACUGGACUAGAAAGUGGCUGGUAAAUAGAAGGCACCUUAUAAAUGCUUGUUGACUUGACUUCAUUGGGAAAUUUCUCUUCCACAUGACACUGCACAAGUUUUGCUUAAAUACAUUGCUAGAUUAUCCUGCUUCUUCAAAACCAUUAUGCUUAACUUGAAUGAAAUGAUUCAUCUCUCCCUAAAAUGGAGCACCACCCCCAUUCCCACAGCAUGAAUAUCUGAGUUUGGAAAUUUCCCUGCAAAGAUGUCCAUCUUCUGCAAGAAGUGAAUGAAUUUAAUGUAUUUCAAAUGAGUAAAACCAAACAGAUUUUAUACGCUUGAAGGGAUGCACUACUCUCAGCUUCUGUCACGUGGGCACAUUACUUUUCCGAUACAUGGUAAAUAUUCAGUCCAUUUCUUCUUCCUUGUAUUAUGUUCCAGAUGGCCUUACUUUUAUCUUCUAAGGAAAAAUCAUUGCACAACAAAAAUGCCUUUUCCAGGCUUUAGAUUCAUCUUGGUCUAAAGGGAAUCCUGAAAUUCUCAGCAACAUUUCCAAAACUUGAGUUUUGAAAGAUAGCACGGAAAAUUCUGUCACAACUACAAUGUAGAGGAUAGUCAAAGGUAAAGAGUAAAGAAAGAAAAAAAAAAGAUUUCUAAUUUUUACAUGAAUUUUACUAUUGGUAUUUUAUGUGUUUGGACCACAAAUUACUGGGUUAAAUUAAUAUAAUGAAAUAAAAGUUUAUUUCAAUUGUA